UUCAUUUCAAAUAACUAUCAAUCAAACAACCCUAUUUUUCGUUUAUGCUCUGCAAGUACUACCUCGACCCUACUGCGGUUUCAAGUUUUUGUUCAAUGGAGUUCAAAUUCCGUGCUAUCGAUAACAUCAAUCCAUCAACCAUGCAGCCUUCUCAUCCCACCGUCACAUAUCUCCCUGACCGAUCUCUUCCAAUGGACGGUGGUUUUGCUGGCUUCCGAGCACCAUUGGCCACCAACGAGGCGGCAUUACGACGAGAGAUGGAGAAGGAACAAAUCCGGCGGGAUAUGUUGCGGCGGAUAGAGUUGGAGGAUGAAGUGAGGAGGGAGCUUGCAAUGGAGGGGGCGUUUGGAACUAUGCAGAAGCCUCUCAAUUCUGUGUGGUCAAAUUCUACACCGAUGAUGAUGAUGAACCCUGUUGCUGUUGAUGCUUCACAACCACCUGAAAUCAAACAUUUUCCACAGACCAGUGACAAGGACAAAGUUAUUCUAUUGGCUAAGCCAGACCCCGAUCUCUAUGGUGCAAAGCGAAAAGCAUUGACACUUGAUGCUCCUAAUGAUGAUCCUUAUGCAAUUGGUAUGAAGAAAAAACCAAAGGAAGAGUGGAGUUGUGAACUGUGCCAAAUUAAAGCCACGAGUGAGAGUGGCUUGAAUGCUCAUCUGAAUGGUAAGAAGCACAAGGCCAAGGAAGCAGGACAAAAAAGGAAGAUUGACAAGUGCAGCAGGAAAAGUCAAAAAACCGCUGAAAAGAUUACUGAUACAGUUGUUGUAGAAACAGAUCAACAAGCUCCUCAACCUUGCUUAGCCUUGGAAGUCAUGGAUGAGACUAUGGUUGAUAAGGGUCUCACAGAAUCUAAAAAAGAGGAGCAGCUUGUGGAGACGAUGGUUGAUAAUGGUGUUACCAAAUCCAAUAAUGAGAAGCUUGUGGAGAUGAUGGCUGAUAAUGGUGUAAGUAUAACAACAUCCAAAAAUGAGAAGAAUCCUGUGGAGAUGAAGGCUGAUAAGAAUGUAACAGAAUCUAAAAUUGAGGAGCAGCUUGUUGAGAUGGUUGCUGAUAAUGGUGUAAGUAUAACAACAUCCGAAAAUGAGAAGAAGCUUGUGGAGAUGAAUGCUGAUAAGGAUAUAACAGAAUCUAAAAUUGAGGAGCAGCUUGUGGAGAAAAGCCAAAAGAUAGGUUUUUCCGAGUGUAGAAGUGACGCUGCAACCGAUGAAGCAUGGAAGGAAAGUGCAUUGGCAAAGAGGAGGAAGGUUGGACGUUUAUGGUGUGAGCAUUGUCAAAUUGGCGCUUUCUCACAAGCUGUGAUGGAAGACCAUAUGAAAGGGAAAAAACACCUAAAGAAUAUGAAGAAACUCCAUCAAAAUAAUGCAAGUCCUACAUCAACAUCCUCUAUAUCACAAAAAACACAUUUGUUGAUCAAUGAUACAGAUGAUGUUAACAAAGAAACAGACCAAGUAAUGACACUUGUAGGGAAAGGAGAACCAAUACUAAAGAUGGAAAAUAAUUUUUGAAAUUCAGAUGAAGUACAUUACUGGCUGAAUCAAGAAGAAUUUGAACCUAUGAAGGACUAUGAGUACAUGCAAGAAGAGUUUGAACCUAUGAAGGACUAUGAGUACAUGCAAGGUGUUAUGUUGACUUUUAUCAACUUCAUAUCUAUGAAGUUUAUUUACAAACAUUUUUAAUGUGUUUUAUCAUUGAUUAUUGAUGUAAUAGAUCCUUACAUUACGACUUAUUUGACCCGGUGUUUCUGAACUUACUAGGUUAUAUCUUUCAUAACAUGACAUAUUUCGCUUAUCAACAUAUCGUAGU